AUGGAAGAUUUAUAUUCUGUUGUUUCCUUGCGUGAUGAAUCUGGUGAUUAUUCAACUGAUAUUCUUAUUGAAGAUGCUAGAAUAGCUGAAGUCGAAAGAAAUGGAGUCAUAACCCUAAAGGAUGGAACUGGGUUUAGAAGCAAGUCUAGAAAGAGUCUCAUAUCUAGUCUUUUACAUAGUCGCAAGAACAUAGUCUGUCUUGGUAGAACAGUCGAAGAAUUCCCUAUUAAGCUUAGAGAAGCUAAAGGCGAUAGGUGCCUUACGCUUGUUAAUUCUGAACAGGUAAAUGAAAGAAUCAAGAAAAUGAAGGAAUCUGAUAGAUCUAAGAUAGGUUGGAUUCAUGUCUCUACUAUUCAGAUCUUGAUUAAAUCUACAUUUAGAAGAGGUAUUCAUUGUCCAGUUAGGAUAGUAGUAAUCGAUAAUCGCAUGACUCGUGAUUCAGAAAAAGUCAUUGGGAUCAUCUCAGGUGAUCUUGGAUAUUCUGUGGUUAAAUUCAAUGUCACAUGCAAUUAUGCUAUUCCUUUAUCUUCUUCUAAGUUCAAUAAUUCUCUUGGUUUAUUAUUCGAACUUGAACGAAAGGAUAUUAUGGAAGACGCUGAUAUUCCUUUUAGUAUCACAUAUGCAUGCUCUUAUGCUUUGAGUAAUAGUCAUCAUUCUGUUGAGUUUAUCAAUAAGGAUAAAAUAGUCAUUGAUGAGUUAUUCGCUAGAACCUCAACUAGGUUGGAGCCUAUAACUAGAAUUCCCUUACCAGUCAUAGAGGAAGCUAGUUCUUCAUCUAGAUUAAUCAAAGCACCAGAAGCAAUCACUGAACCUUUAACGGUUAGCAGAAUUCGUGAGAACCUUGAUAGGUUAGGAAGUCUUAGAUUGAGAGAUUAUUCUGACAAAGGAUCAACCAUUAGUCAGGAUGAAAUUCUGGAGAAAGCUCCUGAAGUAAUAGUCUUACCCCAUAAAGAGGACAUAGCUGAAAUUAAGAGUCAGGUUAAUGAACUUAGUAUUCUUACGAAGGAUCUUUCUAGAAGGAUCUGA